UUCUUCCUCCUUGAACAAGAAGACGUAGAAGGUGUCAUUUCUGGACCCAUUUAAACAACUGCAUAGCUCCAAAACCUUCCAAACCAAAAGCCAUCGCCAUUGAUCCGUUCUUUAAAUACCACAAUUCUCUUCACCUUUCAUCAUCUGCGUUUUUAAAAUUUAUUUAAUCUUUUCCAAGCUUCCAAAUAAAGUUCAUCCAAAUCGGGGACAUUAGUUUGAUUAAAUAUCGUUCAGAUCAAUUGUUUAAUCUUUUGGAUUUGUGAUCUGGGAUUUGGAUUUGAUGCAAAUGCAAAAAAUGGGUACUGGUGACGGCAAAGAUGGGUUGCCGGAGAGUAACCGCGAUACGGAGAUUGUUGGCUCUGACAGGACGGCGUUUAGUGGUCCGUUGAACAAAAGAGGUACCCGUAAAAGCGCCAGAUUUAAUAUUCCAGACGACAGCGGUAGCAGUAGCGGUGGUGGAAGUAUGAAGUCGAGAAAUAACGACGAUUACGUUGAGAUUACUUUGGAUGUUGGCGACGAUUCUGUGGCGGUUCACAGCGUGAAAACUGCCGGUGAUGUGGAGGACCCCGAACUGACUUUAUUGGCUAAAGGGCUGGAGAAAAGGUCUUCUUUGGGGGCUUCAGUUGUGCGAAAUGCGUCGUCGAGAAUCCGGCAAGUAUCGGAAGAGCUUAGAAAAUUAACAUCGAUAUCAAAACGACCGACAGCUGGGCGAUACGACAGGACCAAAUCUGCCGCAACUCAUGCUCUUAAAGGGUUGAAGUUCAUCAGCAAAACCGAUGGAGCUGCGGCGUGGGCCGCCUUGGAGAAGCGGUUUGAUGAGCUCACCGCCACCACCACCGGCUUACUUCCCCGAGCACUUUUCGGAGAAUGCAUUGGGAUGAACAAAGAUUCAAAAGAAUUCGCUGGAGAACUAUUCGAUGCACUUAGUCGGCGACGAAAUAUCACCGGCGACUUGAUUAACAAAGCUCAGCUGAAGGAGUUCUGGGAUCAAAUUGCUGAUCAAAGUUUCGAUUCAAGGCUUCAAACUUUCUUUGAUAUGGUUGACAAAGAUGCCGAUGGCCGGAUCAACGAAGCCGAAGUUCGAGAGAUUAUCAGCUUAAGUGCAUCCGCAAACAAGUUAUCGAACAUUCAAAAACAAGCUGAUGAAUACGCCGCAUUGAUUAUGGAAGAAUUAGACCCCGACAACCUCGGUUACAUCAUGAUUGAAAGCUUGGAGACCCUUUUGCUGCAAGCCCCAACACAAUCCGUGAGAGGCGAAAGCAAAAAUCUAAGCAUGAUGUUGAGCCAAAAGCUUCGGAAUGCAAACGAUAGGAACAUCUUACAACGAGGAUACGAUCGAUUCAAGUACUUUUUACAAGAUAAUUGGCAAAGAUGUUGGGUGAUUGCACUAUGGAUCGGGGCAAUGGCAGGGUUGUUUACAUGGAAGUAUAUUCAGUACAAGAAUCGAGCUGCUUUUGAUGUAAUGGGGCAUUGUGUUUGUGUGGCUAAAGGCGCGGCCGAGACCCUCAAACUAAACAUGGCUCUAAUUUUGUUGCCCGUGUGUCGAAACACCAUCACAUGGCUUCGAAACAAGACAAAGCUUGGUGUUGUCGUUCCUUUUGAUGAUAAUCUCAAUUUCCACAAAGUGAUUGCGGUGGGGAUUACGAUUGGAGUCGGGCUUCAUGCGAUUUCGCAUUUAGCAUGUGAUUUCCCACGGCUUCUUAGUGCAACCGAAGAGGAGUAUGAGCCAAUGCAACGGUUUUUUGGGGAUCAACCUGAUACCUAUUGGCAUUUCGUGAAGGAAGCCGCAGGGUAUACCGGAAUCAUCAUGGUGGUUCUAAUGGCGAUUGCAUUUACGUUAGCAACCCCAUGGCUAAGGCGUGGUAGGCUCAACCUACCCAAGCCUUUAAAGAAACUCACCGGUUUUAAUGCCUUUUGGUACUCCCAUCACCUAUUUGUUAUCGUCUACACAAUGCUCAUCGUUCAUGGAAUCAAAAUUUACCUCACCAAAGAAUGGUACAAGAAGACGACUUGGAUGUACUUGGCUGUUCCAAUCUUGCUUUAUAUGGGUGAGAGAUUGACAAGGGCUUUAAGAUCUAGCGUCAAACCAGUCAAGAUGUUGAAGGUGGCUGUUUACCCCGGAAACGUGUUGGCCCUUCAUAUGUCGAAGCCUCAAGGGUUCAAAUACAAAAGUGGGCAAUACAUGUUUGUGAACUGUGCUGCCGUUUCUCCAUUCGAAUGGCACCCAUUUUCCAUAACUUCUGCACCUGGGGAUGACUACCUAAGUGUGCAUAUCCGUACACUCGGUGACUGGACCAGGCAACUAAAAACCGUCUUCUCUCAAGUAUGUCAACCACCUGCUAAUGGCAAAAGUGGACUGCUAAGAGCGGAGUUCCAAAACAACCCAAAUUUCCCGAAAGUCUUAAUCGACGGACCAUACGGAGCACCAGCACAAGACUACAAGAAAUACGAUGUGGUGUUGCUAGUGGGGUUAGGAAUCGGAGCAACCCCGAUGAUCAGUAUCGUCAAAGACAUCGUGAAUAACAUGAAAACCAAAAAGGAGGAAGAUGAAGCCUUGGAAAACGGCGGCAACAGCCCAUUGCCGCCGGCAUCGCCGAUGUCCAAGAAAAGCACCUCCAAUUUCAAUACAACAAGAGCUUACUUUUACUGGGUCACAAGGGAACAAGGGUCUUUCGAUUGGUUUAAAGGGGUCAUGAACGAGGUUGCGGAAACGGAUCAAAAUGGUGUGAUAGAGAUGCAUAAUUACUGUACGAGUGUCUAUGAAGAAGGCGAUGCUCGAUCAGCUCUAAUCACUAUGCUUCAAUCGCUUAAUCAUGCCAAGAACGGUGUGGAUGUGGUGUCGGGUACUCGGGUCAAGUCUCAUUUCGCCAAGCCGAAUUGGCGGAGCGUUUUCAAGCGUAUUGCUCUUACUCACAGCGGUCAACGGAUCGGGGUGUUCUAUUGUGGCGCACCAGCACCGGUCAAAGAGUUGAAACAACUUGCUGCAGAUUUCUCCCACAAGACUACAACCAAAUUUGACUUUCACAAGGAGAAUUUCUAAAGAAAACACUAAAUACAAUUUGUUUAAAUGGUUAAAAUUUGUUAAAAUGAUGUAAAGAAUUAGUUAAUGGAAUACCCUUUUACGGUGGAUCGGUUGGUAUAUAUACAUACGAACCGACAAGAGUUACGCCGGUUGGGUAUAGUUUUUUUUUUUUUUUUUUUUCCUUCAUGUUUCCAUAAAAUUUACGGGUUAAUAAUUUAUUUGUUUAAUUUA